AAUGAAUGUUGAGAAGGCCAUUCCAUAAUUUUGCUCACCAUGGAGACCUAGGUGGAAGCUAUUGUCUUGGGAAUGUUUGUCUUUCUGAAAUAGGAAGUAAAUAGGUAGAUAAGGCUUAAGGGAGAAGAUUCCUGCGCUGUACGACUUAGCAGAACAGCCCAGACAAGAUGGCAGCUCACCCUGCAAAAUGGAGCAUCGGAGAGAGCUACUCUACUCAACCUGUCACUGAGAUAUUUCCCGAUGAUAUUUUCCAAGGGGAUGAUCGGGUCAAGCUGGAGUAUUCAGCGGUGUCUAGCGGCGGGGAUCUGAUAGACAGCAGCAGCCCAGAGCACAUAAUACCACACGAUGCCUUCCAGGCUGGAGGUGAUUACAGCCCAGCAUUUCCAGGAAUAAUUGACAACGAUGAGUACCCGCUAAGUCCAGGCAGCCCCAGUCUGCCCAAUUCUCUGCGCUGCUCUCUCAUGGCUACUUCUUCCCUUUCCCCACACCACGUGAUAGCACCGAGCAGUGAUGAGGUCCCAGGAGAGUAUAGCUUCAAGCUUACGCUGGAGACUCAGCCCAAGAAGGUGGCAAACCCAGAUUGGAUUUAUUCGACAUCACAAAACAAGCUGUACAUCAAACCGCAGACGCCAUGUCCUAUGAAGUUUUCCGUCACAGGAUGUGUACCUCCAGGAACAUUCAUCAGGGCAAUUCCCAUCUUCAAGCUACCCGAGCACGCGAAAGACGUCGUGCGCUGUUGUCCAAACCACACUUUACUCGAGCAAAGCAACAGAGAUCAUCCGGCAAUGGCGCAUUUUAUUCGGUCAGAUAACCCUCGCGCUGAAUACGAGCGAUGCGCACAGUCUGGGAGGCUCUCCGUCAAGAUACCAUUCCACGUAACUCAAGGGUCUAUUAGCGAGGAAAUAAUAGUACACGAGCUGUUCUCGUUUGUGUGCAACAACUCGUGUGGUGGACUCAACAGGCGUGCAAUACAGAUAGUGUUCACUUUGGAAACAGGCGGUGGCUGUGAGCUGCUGGGGCGUUGUUCCAUAGAGACUCGUGUCUGCGCAUGCCCAGGUCGGGAUUCAAAACAAGACAACGAAGCUGUCAGCAGACCCGGGAGAAAAAAACGCAAAAUAUCAGGUGACGUUUCGAGCUCAACUUGCGUUUCUCCUUUCUCUAACAACGAGCUCAGCCCUAGUCCCUCGCGAGGUGCUGAGGACAAUACCGUGUAUAAUCUUAAGGUUUGUGGUUACGUCAAUUACCUCAUCUUGCGGAAAAUCGCUUUUGCACUCGAAUUCUUCGCCAACAUGAGGUCAAAAAUAAGUGAUAUUCCUAGCGAAGCUUGCGACAUGCCAGAGUUUUUUGAGUUGUCAGACCAGCCGCAUUUCUCAUUUUACAACAACGGGGAGAGCUCUACUCCAGUUCCACGCCCCAUCCCACAAUCCUCAUCGAUCCCCAACGGCCAGCAACAAAAUGAAGACCUUUCAAGUUCAACGGCCCCUCCCUGGUACCAAAUGCAGCCCUUCCAGUCAGAUGACACAAGCCAGAACCCUCCUUAUAUGGGCUGCUAUACAUUCCGCCGUAUCACCAUAGAAACCGUGUACGUCGUGUAAGACUGAGAUUGGACCCCCUCAUAUGGGGGGCUAUCACGCCAUACGUCAUGAAGACUUUUGUCAGAGUUCCCCUUACAUAAGCUGCUAUACAUUUCGCCGAGUCACGCUAGAGUCCUGUGUAGAGACUUACUUUUCUUCAUUUUUACGCAGUCUUAGUAUUUACUUGAUAAUUAGGAGAAUGAAAGCUAUACGUCAAACUAA